ACAAUUUGACUCGUCACUCGGCACCUGACAUUUUACCAGUUGAGUCUGAAAAUAAUGGGUAGCGUUUUUCACGGUUGGUUACAUUGUAUUUCAUAAUUUUUGAAGAAUUGCAAUUUAACGAACUUAUUUCAGACUUACAACAAAGAUAGAUCUACGUGUUGCAAGGAAACUUUGAUAUAUUCAGGAUCAUAAAGUUUUAACUACUUACAAUAGGAUAGGACAAAAUCAAUAAGAAAAACCAGAAAAAAAACUAGGCGACGAACUGGUUUACCAGUAACAAACAGAUUUAAAGCAGAAUCGAAGCAAGCUGUGCACCUGCACGUCAUAUUCGAAAAGUGGGCGUCGCGGUAUACAUAGACAUUCUCAGGGUGAUCAAAAAGUGAUAGCUAAAUCUGCAAGACCAACUAGAACAAACAAACGAAUCAAUGGCAAAAUCCAACAGGAAUACAAGGGAAGGACCUUUGUAACAUCAAGACAAUAUGCAAGGGGGCUAUCGAGAUGAUCUAAGUCAGAGAGAUGUUUGUAGAGUGCAAAUUGAGGACGAACGAUCAGUUAUACAGAAUGACGACAUUGGGUACCGGUAUAGACCAAACCUUGCGAUGGCCGAAAUCGGCAGAGAACAACCGCAACGAGGUAAACAAGUAACAGAAGGUGGCAGAAAAUUUCUGCAACAAGUACCUAUUUAUGAUUCUGUUACAAUGGAACCAAUGUUUGAGUAUGGAAAUACAUGUAACCAACCACCAAGGGCGCCAGUCAAUGUCGCACGAACCCAUUUGAACGAAACCAUUCAACCUCUUAUGAGCGUAGAUGUAAAUCGCACCGUCAGAAGUUCGAGGGUACCUAAACCCUAUGAAAAUAAUGAACCACGUCGGCAAAGUCAACAUUAUCCCAUAGAAAACAUUCGAGCACAAUCAGGUAAUGAGUGGACUUCAGCUGAGCGAGCGGAAAAUACAGAUCACCAAAUUGCAAAGCAACGGAGAGAUGCAUAUAGAUCUACCUGUUCUGCCGAGACUGGCUACUUAGAGCAUCACUCGUCAUAUUCUGACGCUAGUCAGCAAAGUCAAUAUAAAACAGAGAAACCAUCUGCUGAUGAUGUUUUCAAUUUCAUGGUGAAGAACAUGGGCGGAAGUGGCACACCAGAAGACAUAAAGACCCAGUCUGGAUUAUUUCCGACAUACGUUGAUAUAAACGACUGGUUUCGGACGCAUAGAAGUAGAUUUAAAAUAAUUGAGAGGGAUAAAACCAUCUCGUAUGUAUUAGUGCACAACAGUCAUGUUACUUUCUGCACAUAUUACAACAAAACGCAGUCAUGUAGUAGAAGCGACUGUCGUAGGUAUCAUAUAUGCAAAAACAUGUUAUCGGGAAAAUGUGUAUACGAAAACUGCCAAUACUCGCACGAUUUUUGUGAUGAAAAUAACAUAAAACUCUCAAAUGAUUUGGGCUACAGUAGUUCCUUUACAAAUGAGGAGAUAUGUUCUAUUCUUAAAGUAAGUAAUCCGCAUCUCUGUACCGAAUGGGCAGAAGAGGGAAAUGCGGUGAUGAAAGUAAUUGUUUCGGGCUUCAUUUAUGUCCUCGGUACCUGUUUGGUAAAUGCAGCAAUGACCAAAACUGUCUUUACGUCCAUGACAGGAAAUCGGACCACAAUAAACCCAUUGUCGAAGCGUUUAAAAUGUCUAAAAUGCAAUUUGAUAAGUUCAGGUGGCGGGUCUUCAUGAUUAACAAUCCGGAAUGGAAAAGAGAUGAACCGAGAACUGCAGAUGGCGCUACGUCAUUACCUCUGGGGACCAAGCCAACAUUCAACAUCAAAUAUCCAGUUAAAGAUGAAGCAGUACAUAUGUACAAUAAGAAACCUGUGUUUCAACCACGGAAUACGGUUAACCAAGGUCCAAGGACACCUGUGAAACCUACACGCCCUUAUACCGAAGAGGUCAUGCAGUGUCCUCCACAUAUGAGCUUUGAUAUCCAACCCAACGCAGGGGAAUCGCGGGUAUCUAGAAUCGACAAUGGCAAUCCUCAACCUCAAAGUAGAAGCAAACAUUCUUCCACACAAAGGACUCAAAGACGAUCAGGUAAUAGGUGUAAUUCAGUUGAGCGCGGGGUGAACGCAUCCACCAGAGGGCGUCAUCAGUGUAUAGAUCACUUAUCAUCUGGUCAUGUAGGGAACCAUCAACAUAAUACCAAAAUACCAUCUGCUGAUGAAGUUUUCAACUUCAUGGUCAAGAACAUGGGCGGAAAAGGAACACCAUACGACAUAAAGACCCGGAGAAGACUAUUUCCGACGGACUUUGAUAUAAACGACUGGUUUCGAAAAAAUAAAAGUAGAUUCACACUUAUUGAAAGGAAUGAAACACUCUCGUAUGUGCUAGUGUUCAACAAGAAUGUCACUUAUUGCUUUAAUUACAAGUGUAGUAAAAGCGACUGUCGUAGAUAUCAUGUGUGCAAAAACAUGUUGUCGGGGAAAUGUGAAUACGGCCGUCAUUGUAAAUACUCGCAUGAUUGUUUCGACGAAAACAAUUCAAAAAUCUCCGAUAAGUUAGGAUACAGUGAUUUGUUCACAAAUGAGGAAAUAUGUUCCAUUCUUAAAGUUAGUUAUCCGCAUGUAUGUACUACAUGGGCAUUGAAAGGUUCAUGUAGGGAACGUUAUUGUUUCGGUUUGCAUAUAUGUCCUAGAUACAUCCGUGAUAAAUGUACCAAUGGACCAAACUGUCCACAAGUCCAUGACAGAAUAUCAGAUCACAAUAAACCAAUCUUAGAUGCAUUUGAAAUGUCUGACAUGCAGUACGAUCAGUUCAGGUUGAGAUUAUUCAUGGUAUGGAAUGGAAAUGAACCGAAAACUGCAGAUGGCACUGUUCCUGUACAAUCGGACACCCAACAAGCAGUACGCAAGAAAAAUCUUUUGAAGGAGGAAACAGAUGAAGCCGGAGACACGUAUAUCUGUAUACGCUAUCUUCAAGAUGGAUGUCGCGAACGCCGCUGUAAAUUUCUCCAUACAAAGUCAAAACUACCGUAUCUAUGGCAAAUAAAACUAUCUGAAAAAUGGAUUUCACUAAACGAAUCGGAAGAUAUAGAGAAAGCAUUUGCCAACAAAUUGGAAAUGUCAGACAGAAUUCACACGACAUACAAUGGGGUGGAAUAUGUCUUCCUACUUCUGUUUGAACCAAAUGUAAGAGCCAGAGUUACCGCCGCGGACGAUGAAGCCACAGAAAAGGAGGCCCGCCGUCUUUCGACCAUGUCUUACAAACAAUUAGAAAGUAGCUUGUCCUCUGACAUUAAACAAGAAGAAAACAAAGAUUCGUUAUGUACACAAUGGAGAUGGUACUGGAAGGAUGAUAACGAGCAGCUGCAGUUGUAUAGACCAGACGAUUUACAACACACAUUAGAAGUAAAAUACUUGGCUCAGCAAAAAAAGUACAUUUUCUCAAGAGGGAACUAUUUCUUCAAUUACACCAUAUCAUUUGAUUUAUUGCAACAAACCAACAACGAUACUGGAAAACGUAGAGCCAUUAGACGCCGUCCACUUCUUGUGACGUCUGCAGAUGUAAAAGAAAAUGUGUAUCCAGAAUCUCUGACAGUCGCCCAUUUUAUUGAGACGCCACUGCCUAAAUCUUGGGUGCCUUGGGAUCUGGCUCAGUCAUUUGAACUGGUAGAUAUUACUGACAACAAGUCAUCUGAACUUGAUGAAGUAAAGAAAUCUUUCUUCGAAACACUGGAUUGCGGAAAAGAAAAAAUAGAUAUAAUUUUUCGAUUGCAAAACCACAAACUGUGGGGACUUUUCUUGAGUCAGAAAAAGACCAUGGACGCCAACGCCACAAGACUCGCAAAUGGUAAACCAGUUUCUGUUGACCAGCGCUAUCUAUUUCAUGGAACUGACGGCAUAGAUGCGGUUCGCGGAAUCUGUGUUAACAACUUCGAUAUUCGUGUUUCAGGAAAAUCUGGAACCUUAUACGGUGAUGGUGCCUAUUUUGCCAAGGACUCAAAAUAUAGCCAUGCUUACACUAAAGGGCCAGAAAGGUAUAUGUUUCUUGUAAAUGUACUGGUUGGGCAUUACACAACAGGAAAUAAAUCUUACAGAAGACCACCUCAUAAACCAGGAAGCGAUCAUGAGCUGUUUGACUCAUGUGUGAACGACAUUACAGACCCAUCUAUAUUUGUUGUCUUUGACAAGAACCAGUAUUAUCCAGAAUAUUUGAUUAAGUAUCAUGAUGAAGGACAAGAAAGUGUUGCACGAAAAGCGAAAGAUAAAAUAAGAUUACAUGCAGCAGGAAUCGCAAAGACCAUUCAACGGUUUACAUCAGAUGAUGACGAUAAAACAUCUCCAGCAGUUACCUUGCAAAAAGCAGAUGACCAACAUGACAACUUAUUUAAACGCCUACAUACAUCAGACUUCAGAUCUAAUGCCAAUAUUUUACUAUCUUCAAGAGGCCUUAAUGCAGCAUCUUCAGAUUGCAGAUGGACAGAUCUCAGCAGUUCUACCACAAGUGUUGGAACGGCAACAACAGAACAAGAUAGAAAAUAUUUUGAAACCUCUUUGUGUAACACCAUUUCCGCCGGACGUGAUUGUGCUUCACAAACUGUACAGUCUUUGAUGAAAACGAAAGACAGCCGACAGAAAGGCAUUGCAUUAGCGCAUUCAGGAUCGUUUGAUAAGGAAGAAUCGAAAAAAAAUGACGUCACUGAACGGCUAGAUUUUGUCGAUCGAAAUAAACAGGAAGUCAGACACCCAUCUGUGCAAACAGACAUAUUUGGAGACAGAAUUACAAUUUCUCAGCACAGGUCUAAAGAAUCUGAAUUAUUUGAUGCGCAGCUGCAUCACGCGUAUCAGCCCCCGAGAAUGAAACUUGAUCCAGAGCAAUAUAGGACCUACGAAUUUGCCAAGAGUUUGAGAGAAUCAGAUUCAUCUCGGAGUAAAAUGUCUGACCCAAAAUCACCAACUAGAUCUAAAAGGUACAUGAACCAGAUGGAUGAUUAAAACUGUCAUGACACUGUGGAUCAUGACACAUACUUUGGGAGUGCUGAUGUGUUACAGCACAUGGUUAAAUAAAAGUUAAAAAAUAAUUAUCUUUUCUGAUAAUAACCUCGAUUUGCAUUAUAAAUUACAGCAAAGAUAUUGAUUGAUAGAAGUGUUAUAGCACUUGGUCAAACGUUACCUCGGCCUGAUGUACGAACAAGAGCACGUAACUGGUAUAGUUAUUAACAGUUCAUGGUAAAUAAGCAAUAGAACUAUAUACAGACACACACAAAUCAGAUAGGGUUAUUUUAAAUGGCGUUUCGUAACUAUUAUAAAUAUUGUUGGUUAGAAAUAAAUUUUGAAAUUAUACUCCAAUGGAAAAA